CAUUCACAUUCAUUAUAACAUUUUCCAGACUAUGAAAGUUGAUCAAGGAAUGACUAUGGAUAUAUAUAUUACUUUUGUCAUCCCGAUUAGUGCAAUGUUUGCUAUGGCACUUUGGCUUGGGAACACUGCUUACCUCUACAUAUCGGUUACAUUUGCUCAGAUGUUGAAAGCAAUCA